CGCUCCCGCUGAGGCUGCGCCGCUGCGGGUCCAGUCCGGGGAGGACGCGCCGCCGCUCGCCAUGAUCGCCGUGCGCCUGGCGCUGCUCCUGGGCGCCCUGUGCGCCGCCCGCGCCGCCGAGGAGUCCUGUGAGGGGCGCUGUGACCAGGGCUUCAACAUCCAGAGGAAAUGCCAGUGCGACGACCUCUGUUCCUACUACCAGAGCUGCUGCAGCGACUAUACCAUCGCGUGCCGAGCCAAAGUGGCCCGCGGCGAUGCCUUCGUCAUGCCGGAUGAUGACUACAUGGACUACAACUACAGUGAGCCCAGCGCCGCAACGCCAGAGCCAGUGACCGACACCGUGGAGCCAGGGACGGACUAUCUGUACCCCUGGAUGGAGACCACGGAGGCUGCGGAGACCACGGAAGCUGCGGAGACCACGGAGGCUGCGGAGACCACGGAAGCUGCGGAGACCACGGCGGCCGCAGACACCAAGGGGACCGCAGAGGAGCCCCUCCUCCCCGAGUCCCAGGACCCGGGAGAAGGAGAGGAGGCCCUGUGCAGCGGGAAGCCCUUUGACGCAUUCACCAGCGCCAAGAACGGCUCCAUCUACGCGUUCCGGGGGAAGUAUUUCUACGAGCUUGACGAGAAAAGCGUGAGGCCGGGGUACCCCAAACUCAUCCGGGACGUGUGGGGCAUCGAGGGGCCCGUUGACGCCGCCUUCACCCGCGUCAACUGUGAGGGAAAGACGUACCUCUUCCAGGGGAGCCUCUACUGGCGCUUUGACGACGGAGUCAUGGAACCCGACUCCCCCCGCAACAUCUCGGACGGCUUCCGGGGGAUCCCCGACGACCUCGACGCCGCCUUCGCGGUGCCCGCCCAGAACUACUUCUCGAACGAGCGGGUCUACUUCUUCAAAGGGAAGAAGUACUGGUCCUACGACUUCACGAAGCAGCCGAGCCGCGAGGACUGCGAGAUCACGUCCCCGUCCGUGGUCUUUGACCACUACAUGCUGCUCCAUGACGAGGAGUUCGGCGAGUUUUUCCAGCUGCUCUUCGGGAGCACACGGCGGAGUGGGGCCAGCCCCCCGCGCUACAUCAGCCGAGACUGGCGCGGCGUGCCAGCCAACCUGGACGCAGCCAUGCUGGGCCGGCUGUACGUGGCGCCGAACAAGCCCAAGACGCGGGCCGGGCGGAGGAUGUCGCGCCGGCGCCGCAGGAAGUACCGCCGCCACCAGCGCUGGGGCCGCUGGAACCCGCUGUGGGCCUGGGACGGAGAGAACAGCUCCGAGUCCUCCGACCUGGACUGGCUGCCCCACGGAGGCAGCCCCUGCCAGCCCUUCCAGAGCGUCUACUUCUUCGUGCAAGACAAGUACUACCGGCUCAACCUGCAAACGCAGCGUGUGGACUGGGUGUACCCCCGCUACCCGCGGCCCAUCGCCAAGUACUGGCUGGGCUGCCCCUCUCAGGAGGACCAGGCCUGAGCUCCGCCGCGGGCCGGCACCGUGGCGGCGGCCGAGGGGAAGUCUCGCCGCCAGAGCCGCGGCCGGCCACGGCCCUGUUCGAUUCGCCCUGAAAUUGCUUCUGCGGCUCCCGGCUGCAGAGGGCACCCGGCCAGGGGGCAGGCGGGAUCGACAUGCGAGAUGCAGCGCGAUGUUGAGAAUCAACGGAAAUAAAGGCAGAAACAGAAAAG